CUUCCCACUACACGGGAUAUCACACCCUCACAUUGAAAUGUUAAAUAAAUAAAUGAAUGAAUGAAUGAAUACAGUGUGUACCAAACCCUUUGCAGUUUGACCUCAGAACAAUUCUUUAAAAGAAAUCCACAAGACUUUAUGACGUACUGCAAAAUCUGACGGUCAGCGGACCCGAAUGUCACCAUCUUCUUUGACGUCUGCAUCUCAACACAAAGUAAAACGCCACACAGGAGUCAAAGCGGGUCAGUCCUCCUCCUCCUCCUCCUCCUCUUCCUCCUCCACAGGUGAUGAGCUGACUGGACAAAUGAAGCCUGCAGGUAGCCAGCUGGGUGUCCAGCCUAUGAAGCUGAUGAGAAUGGGGUCUGUGAACAGGUGCUGCCCCCCUGAGCGAGUCCUCAAGUCCUCUGCUGCUGUGCUAAAGUCAUGGCCUUGACUGUCACUGUCCAUUCGAACAACUUACUGCCCAGCUCGUUGAUGCUUGACUGACCUCUCCGUUCUAAUGAUGUGCAGCUAAUAGAAAGCAGGAGGACAUGAUGGCCGGUCGUAAGCUACUUGGCAUGGCUGACGUCCACAUUUCAGAAAGUCUCGUUUCUCCUUCUCAAACCCAUCAGUCAGACUCUCUCUGGUUUUGAUGUCUGGCCUGGCAUACUCUGCUCUGAUGGCUACCAACCACAUCUCUCUGUCACUUAGAAUCUCAAAGCCUUUUUUUGUGGUGUUUGCUGUUAUCCACACCACCAUUUUGUGCUCCCGCACUACUUGCUGUUCUCAUGCCCAUUUGAUGUUUAGGUGACUGCUGACCUUUGACCUAACAUACUGCAGUUCCUCAGAACACCUAUGGGGGGCCCUCCUACCUCUGAUGACCACCCCAGUGCACAACGUGUCUAUCUGAGCAUCAUGGACAUCUCCAGAUUGUUUGGUGGUCAGAAAGGUUCAAAGAAAAGAUGACUGCAGUGUCAUAAGAAUUAACCCGACUAUCAAAACCGAAAGGAUCAACCAGGAGGCUGCAACUCAAGUGUCAUGUGACGAUGACACAGGGGACUUCACAGCACCCACACCAGCAAAGGGAAAAGCCAGCCUUUAAAUUGUGUGCCAUGUUUAAUUGAUCACAGUGUGUAGGAAUUACAGUUACAGAGCACGGGGUUAGUUUGACAUUCUUAUGGUUUAAAUGUGCGUUUGCCUUAAAACACCUCCUAAGAUAUUCAUUAUUAUUAUUCAUAUUUUUAAUUUUGCACGUUUUGUUUGCCGUUACUUUGGUUUAUUGUAUUAAACGAAGACAGUCGUGUUUUUCCGUCCAUAAUUAUUUCUGCUUUGCUGUUUUUCAUUUUUUUUCCUUCUAGGAGUGGAGGGCGCCGGGGGCUCCUGGUGGGCUUCGGGCGGCACUGCGCUCGGCUGCAGAUCUCCGUAACUGCGAUUUCGAUCGCGGGUUUGAAUUACAGACCCCAAAAGUGCAACAUUAGACAUCUCAACUACCACCUCAGUUAAUGAAAAUGACCUCAAUAAGUUCCCCCGGCGUCAGCUGUUAAGACCCCGUCUUUAUGCGCCUUCCACGUCUCUCUGAUUUCUGGUUUGCGGCUCUUGUGUGUUUAACGGGUGGGUCUUUUGGUCCUCGUGGUCCUUUGCCAUUUCCGCCCGCGUCUCUUUUGUUCUUGUUAAAUUAACUUUCAUUUAAAGACCCCCGCAGUGGUCCCUUCUCUCUUUUUCAGACAGUUCUUUUAUUUUCAGACACUUGAAGCCCGAGUCACGACUCUCUCUUCAGUUCCGGAUCUGUCGUGUCACUUCUCCAUUGCUCCGCUGCCUGCUCACUUCACACGGGCCGCGGCUUUAUUUACGAUGAUUUGGCGAAAGUAGCUGCUGCGGUCACAAGAUCGACGAAUGUAAAAACGAAAGUCAGAGACGAGCGAGCUUCAUGGCCGGCUGGGCGCUGCCUGCGCUGCUUCUCCCUUUGCUCCUCGCUGCAGGCUCGGAGGCCACCAUCAGCGUCUUCUCAUCUGAGCUCAGUAUAAUCGCUCUGAGGCACUCGGCUGUUGUGCUGCCAUGCACCUUCACGGUCACACCAGGCCCCAUCGACCCCAAAGGCCUGACUGUCAUCUGGUACCAGUAUGGGUUCCCAGUGGCCAAGUUUGAAAAUAAAGAGUCCACGGUGAGACAGGAGGCCAGCCUGUUUGAAAAUGACAUCAGAAGAGGAAACGCCUCGCUGCUCCUGGAAUCCAUCGUGAAGAGGGACGAGGGACAGUAUGAGUGUGAAGUCACCUAUGGAGGAGAGAAGGGCUCAGCCAGCCUUGUGCUGACCAUCCAAGUCCCUCCUGAAGUCCUCCUGUCCCCCACGUCAGUUCAGCUGCUCCAUGAGCACACGGUGACCUGCUCGGCCAAAGGCUUCUACCCUAAACCGAUCCAUUUUAGUUGGAAGAGAAAUGGCAGGAGUGUCGACCCCCUGGGCACCACAGAGCCACAGAUCAACUCAGACGGCACUCUGAACAUGGAGAGCAGCUACCGCUUCACGCCCAAGAGCCGAGAUGACCUGACCUGCGAGGUGACGCAUGAGGCCCUGAAGGAGCCGCUGAGGAGAUCCGUCACAUAUGUCGGACUGACCAGCGCAGAGGUUGGACUCAUCAUGGCCGCAGUGAUCGCCUUCUUCAUCCUCCUCCUCACCCUCUUCUGGUUCUUGUCAGUGUCCCUGUCACCUCUCGUCCCAUUAAAGUUGGUCCAAGAUGAGCCGACGUCCAUCCGGAGCACCAUCAAGGGCUGGAGGCUCAGACUGGUCACCCUGCAGUGGCUCAUAAAUGACGUGAGACUGGCCUGGCACGCACUGGACAGACAGCAGACAGACUGUCAGGUGGACAGUAUGCCCCUCGUUGACCCAUCUGGUCACACCCUGACUAAAGGACAAUCUGCAGGAGGCCUUCUUCUAGUGGAGACCCCCAUAGAACUGCACUUUACACCCAAGAGAGGCGAGCACCAGGGGGCCGAGCUGAAGUGUCGGGCGACUCACCGGCUAACCAGAAGGAGCGUGGAGCGCGUGGUCAGACUGGAGCAGGUGUGUGUUCGGCCUCAACUCUCGGAUAUCGAGAACGUCUCUCAGGACUCGGACUCCGAUGUCAGGCUGCAGAUCAGGGCAGAGGAGUUCUACCCAGCAGACAUCAGCUUCACGUGGAAACUGGGAGAAGACAGAGUGCCAUCACAACUACUGGACAUCACAAAAACCAACAACGGGAACUUCAGCACUGGCAGCAUCUGCUCCAUCCCCCUGUCUCGGCUCCAGAGCCUUGGGUUCAAAAUCUCAGUGGUCACUGAGCACAAAUCCAUGGGGAGAGUGGAGAAGACGGCCACCGGGGACACUCCAGGUAUUGAUGGACGUCCACAGCUGUCUGACAUUGAACUGCUCAGUUUCUCAAGAGUUGGCCACCCCUGCACUCUGAGCUGCACCAUCUCCAAGUUCUUCCCCAGUGGUCUCAAUGUGACGUGGCUGCGAGAAGGAGGGGAGACUGGACUUCGGCCAGUUACUGCAGGGGAGGCGUGGGGAGCCACAGUGAGAACAUCAAAGCCAGAGCAGAAGAACAACACUUACGAGGUGACGUCUACGGUUCAAUUCACUCCAAAGAGUCACGAAAUAGAGCAGGUGACGUACGUCUGCAGGGUAGAACAUGUGACCUUGCAGAUCCCCAACGAGAAGGACAUCAGGCUGACGUCGGCUGCUGAGAAGAUGCGUCUCGUCGUCUCCGACAUGCAGGUCGCCUUCACUUGCCUUGGUGAGCCCUGCCUCCUGACCUGCACCGUGUCAAACUUCAGUCCCAAAGAGAUCACCGUGACGUGGCUCAGGAGGCAGAAGGAGACCAAGGAGCUUCUACUUGCUGGGGCAGGCAAGUGGAACCCCAGUGUAACCCACUUUGGUCCAGCGAUGAGGAGCAGCAGGUACUCACUGGUAUCCCAGGCAGAGUUCACCCCUUUGUCCCUUGGUGACCUGGAGGACAUGGAGUACAUCUGCAGAGUGGACCAUCAGAGCCUUGGAGAUAAGGCCAUUGAGAAGAGCUGCUCAGUGAGUGCAGUCAUGCAGCAUCACCCCAUCAUGUCAGAAGUACGUGUCAAGGAGUUUAAAGCACUUGGCCAGCCCUGCACCCUGAGCUGCUCCAUCCAGGACUUCUACCCCAAAGACAUCAAGGUGACCUGGCAACAGGCAGGUGGGAAGGGACGAGACAUCACAGGGGUGACAUCUGAACCCCAGUGGGGAAAACGGAGCUACCAGCUGGAAUCUGUGGCCACCUUCAUCCCUAAAACUCUGAGUGACCUGGAGGACGUGGAGUACAUCUGUAAGGUCGAGCACAAGACCCUCAACAAGAAGGGCAUUGAGAGGUGCAGUGGGAAGCUGGUCAUACCAGGCCUGCUGCACCCACCCGUCAUGUCAGACAUGCAGGUUUCGAGGUGGGGUGGACUUGGCCUGCCUUGCACCCUGAACUGCUGCAUUGAGAACUUCUUCCCCAAAGAGAUUGAAGUGACGUGGCACAGGAGGGACAAAAAGACGGGCAGUGAGGUCACUGCGGGGACUGAUGAGUGGAAGGCUCAAGUUAAGACAUCACCCCCAGAAGUAGAAAAUGUCAGCUACUGGCUGAACAGUCAGGUCGCUUUCACCCCCCAGAGCCUGAGUGACGUGGACGAGGUAGACUACGUCUGUAAGGUGAAGCAUAAGAACCUGGAGGAGACGUCCAUGGAGAAGACUUCAGGUGAAUCGCUGCCCACAGCUCUGUGCCACCCACCCUCUGUGUCUGACAUCGAGGUGGCUAAGGACACAUCAAAUGACAAUUCCUACAUCCUGAGCUGCUCAAUCCUGGACUUUUACCCCAAACUGAUUGAAGUGACGUGGCUGCAAAGGAGUCUGAAGGCAAGCGGCGAGGUCUUGGAAGAGAAUGCCUGGUGGAAGACUUCAGUUGAUACACCCAGUCCAGACAUGAAGGGAAAUGGCUACAAAGUGCAGAGUCGGCUCACUUUUCCUCUUGACUCUUUAGCUCAGCUUGAAGACAUGGAGUUCAUCUGCAGGGUGGAACACGAAUGUCUCUCUGCCCCUUUGGAGAAGCACUCUGGGAGGAUUGUGAUACCAGAUCUCGUUAAUGAACCUCUAGUCUCUGACGUGGUGGCCCAGUUCACUGAAUUCGGUCAGCUGUGCACUCUGAAAUGCACCAUGAUGGCCUUCUACCCCAAAGACAUCACGGUGACCUGGCAGAGGAAGUGGAAGAAGAAGAGGAGACCUUCUGCAGCAGAACUGGAUCCUCUCAGCGUGACUCAGGAUGGGCCGUCAUUGAACAACAUCAGGUACUGGGUGGUCUCCAAAGCCGAGUUCACCCCCCAGACCCUGAGUGACCUGGAGGACGUGGAGUACAUCUGUAAAGUGGAGCACGAGACUCUGAAGGGGAAGGCCAUUGAGAAGAGCUGGCCCAGUGCUAGAGAGCCACGCAUUUCCGACAUUGAGGUCCACUUCACUGGACUCAAUCAGCUCUGCACUUUCAGCCUCACUGCGUCAGACUUCUUCCCUAAAGAGAUUAACAUCAACUGGGAGAGAAAGCGCAGCUCAAAAUUAAUGAAUUUUGUCAAACAGAAGUGGAAUCCUCGAGUGAGGCAGGAUGAGCCAUCUUGGAAUGACCUGAAGUACUCCCUGACGUCUACAGCAGAAUUCACCCCCACGGCUCUGAGUGACCUGGAGGACGUGGAGUUCAUCUGUAAGGUCAAACACGAGACUAUGAAGGGGAAGGCCAUCGAGAAGAGCUGCUCCAUAUCUCCAGAAUCCCUGAGACCUUCACCUCGUGAUGCCCGCCGACCUCUGAAUGGCACCUCGGUGUGACCAGACGACGCUAACAUGGCGGCCCAGCUCGAGACCUCCAUGGUCUGAUCGUGAGGACCCCCUGGAGAGCCGACAGGUCGACGCACCUUUGACUUUGAGUCGACAUUCUUGAUGUUAUUCUGACCCUCAGCUUUAUUUUCCUUCCCUGCUUUAUGUGAAGCCGUGAGGUUUGGUUGCUUUUUUAUACCUUUGAUACAUUUUGUAUGAACCACGAAGAAUAAGAAUUGAAUAAAACUGAAAUGAACUUCC